AUGGCUCCUGCUGGAUGGGACCCCGAGCUUUAUGACGCCCUGCGGCGAACGCUGAAAGAAGAGCUUCGAACGGAGCUUCAGGCUGAGAAAGCCGUGCUGCUAGGGCUGAGAGAAGAGCUUCGUAGGGGCUUUCAGCUUGAAACAGCCCAUGCGAUUGGGCAGUGCAUGGCACGAGUGGAGGAACUGAGGUACGAAAUCAGACAGCAGAAAGAUCAUACCUUUGAUGCUUGUCCUGAGCAGAUUGUAAACGUGCCUGAGGCGAUAGGUGAGAAGGAAGCCCCCAAACCAGACUUGCUGCAGACGGAAGAGGGGCCGAAAGAGCCCGUUCCCCUCGGCGAGUCGACGUGGAACGCAGUGCUGGUCAUUGGCCAUGCUGGGGCGGGAUGGUUCGACACUAUCGUCGCGAGUGGCGUUGUGAUCGCAAGCCCCCUGAUGCAGCUUGCAUUUACCAUUGUGCUUGUCACAAGGGAUUUCCUGGGAGAGCCCUUGACGGCCGAGAUUGGCCCGGCACAGAGGUGGAGAAUGGGGGCCGCCCACGACCACAAGCAUGUGGAUCUUGCAGACACAAGCCUGGUGUCGCGCGUAUGCAACGGAGAUUCGUCCCUGAUCAUGUCCAACAAGCAAGCCGACCUGAUUGGGCAGGUAAAUGCGUAUCUUGGCCUGGAAGAUUCUCAGUUGACCCCUGAUGGCUUGUCCCCUGGGACCGUCCUUUGCGUUCUGUGCGUUUUCUGGUGGUGCCUCUAUCUUGGCCGGGAGCUGCGCUCAAUCCUUUCAUCCGUCGAGGCUAUGUGGUAUGUGCCACAAGGCCCCACUGAGAUUGUUGGCGGCACGGUCCUUUCCUGCUUGUCAACGCCACGACGUUGCUUGUUCUACACUGUUCGGCUUUCAAAGGCUGCAAUCUCCUGCAUGUUGCUGGUCGCUGGCAUUCUAUGGAUUGCAAGCACUACGUCUGUCAGGCGGCUUAUGCUGCAUGCCGUGGUCUUGAAAAACCUCCUCGAGCUGGACACCAUUUUUUAUGGAGCUUUCAUGCCCAUGAAAUUCCAGGUCGGCAUCAAGAAGCUCAAGCCAUUGCACUUCCGCAACUCUGUAUGGCGAAGCCAGAUAGAGUGCUUUGUGGUGGUGCUGCUUUUCGCAGUGGCAAUGAUUUUGACAUGGUCCCAGCUGGUUGUCCCACUGUCUGCCACCAUGGAAAACUUGAAACGUCAGUACUGUGCUGGCAACCAGGAUUUCGUGGUCGGCACAAACGAUCAUCAUGGUGUGGCCGUUGUGCGGCCAACGGUGCGUUUUUCUGAGGAUCUGCUGCCAGGUCAUGUUGCACAAGAAGUGCACGAGUAUGCUUUAGCAAGUCCAUCACAUCAGAGCCAGCUCCUUCUUGUAGUCAACAACAUUCAGGACUUCGAGAGGACGCGUUUGGAGACGUUGGCCACUGCCACGACGCAGUCACUGCAGUGUGAGGAUUUUGACAAGUGGUUCCUCUGGGGCCAGGGAGAUGCGAUUCCUGACAGAUACGCGCCCUACUGGUGGGCAGCAGCCACCGGCCUAGGAUUGCCAAGCAACAGUACCUGUGCGGAUAUGGCUGCCCACUGCCUUGGCCCGCAUUCCCAGCUCCUGCGAAUGGUCUGCAGUGUAACGUGCGGGUGUGUGGAACCAUCGGCCAAUCCGAUGUACAUGGUGCAGGCCCAAGGAUGCUUGCGGCAAUGUCGCGAUGAAGUGCAGUUCUGGAGACAGGAGAUGCCCUGCGAAGAUGUAGCGACAGACUCCGAGGCUUGGCAGGACUUUUGGGAUUUCUAUCCUUCGGCUAUGGAGGCAUUCUAUGGGGCCAACCAGGCGCAGAGAUCUCAGCUUCAAGCAUUGGCCGAAAACAUGAAGGAGGCCGGCUGCAGUGAGCUGGAUUUUGAGCUCGAGCCAUUUGAGAUUCUUUCGGAGGUUCGUUUCUGCGAUGGACAUCCUCAGCUUUUCGCACCUUUGAGCCAGCUUUGCCCGGCGACAUGCUGUACAGAGAACAGCAAGUCAUCCGUACACCGCGAUGCGACGCGCUACAGCAAAGACAUUGACAUGGGCAUUGCUGAUAAAUACAGGGAUCUCAGCUACCGGAACGGUCGAAUGGCAACCCUGCUGCGGGAUGGAAAGGAUAAAUGGCCGCAGCGGGUAGGCUGCAUGGGCUUGGACAUCGAGAUCGUCAGUGACACUGUCAGUUUCCAGGCUGUGGAUUGUGAGUCUGGUCGAGUUCAUGCAGUCAUGACGGUUCGCCUCUGGCAGGAUUGUGCACUACCUGAUGGCGCCACUGGUAUCAUGUUGAGGCGCCUGCCUUCAAAGCUCUCGACGGACACGUUCGUCGAGAUCUUGAAUCAGAUAGCAGAAGGAUGUUAUGACUUCGUGUACGUGCCGCACAACAAGGGCAAAGACAGCAACGUGGCCCUGGCGUUUGUUAACUUUGUGGACCACCUGUCUGCCCGGAAAGCAUUUCACACCUUGCACGAUUGGAGUCAUCCUGCGCUUGGCAGCAGCUUGAAGGUGUCGCAGGCCGAGAUCCAGGGCCUACAGAAGAACCUGGCGUUCUAUGUGGCACGGUUCGGCUUGCACGAAAUCGAGAAUCCGAAUGCACCGCGAGUGUUCGAAGAUGGACAGCCUCAGCCGCUGCUGGAGGCCGUGAAGAAACAUGUUGACAUCGAGCUGAUCGCCGAGGCCAGCAAACAGACGAGGCCUCGAAAGGUGGAUGGAAAAGUUUCAAAGCCGAAGCCCAGGAGCGCGCCCAACAAAGAGAGGAGCUCUUUCAGUUUCCAGCCUUUCCAGCGAACCUCCAGCCGCACUGGAGUAUGUCACAUUGUCAACAAUGGUGCCGGCUGUCCCCUGCCGACGCAUGUGCAGAUGGGUUCCACAGACGCUUGGCAGACUCAGCGGCCCCAGCUUCCGGGCGCUGCGUUUCAACCGCAGUGCUUGAACCUUCAGUUUCAAGGCACGAUGCUACAAGGGCACCGGCAGACUGACCCCGGCUUUCACCGGUCUGCCGCGCCUGUGCCAGUGCCACAGAUCAAUGUGCCCUUCUUCGAGGAGGCAGCAGAUGGAAGCCUCUUGUUUUUUCUGUGA